GAAGGGAAGACAGCUAUCGCGGCCUCUGUGCAGUGUAUCGAAUCCUGUACAUACGCUGUCCAAUGCGGGCGAGGUGAGAGGUGGAAAGCUCCGAAGGGAUCGUCCCCGCCAUCCGCCAGAUUAGGCGAAUACGACGCUCGAUGUCGACAGGAUGUCGUAUGCUCCGAUGACUCGCAACUGCUGUAGCUCGGGCUUCGUAGCUCUGUACCCUGCCACCACCAUCUCCUCCCCGUCUACGGCGCCCUUGAGGUGCAGAACACCCUCGCUAUCCGGAUGUGCCGCUUCGUGAUCUACAAGGGGACUUCCCCCGUGCAGCUCUCGCACUUGUUGACAAGACCAUGUCAUUCGAUCAUCAACCAGGCCUUCGACUCGAGACUCCGGUUGGACCGCAGGAGACCCAUCAACGGCGAUGGCUUUGGCGUUGGAUGGUACGACUCCGUACACGACGAGGAGCUUGGUAGCCAACCAUGCAUCUUUACCUCUGUUACACCGGCUUGGAACAACGUCAACCUCACACGGCUCGCGGAGAAAAUUAAGUCCCCAUUGGUCUUUGCCCAUGUCCGUGCAACGACGGCGGGUACUCUGAGCCUUGACAACUGCCACCCGUGGUCCUUUGGGAAGCUCAUGUGGAUGCACAAUGGCGGCAUCGCGGAGUUCCCGAGGAUCAAGAGGCGUCUGCAGUCGUACGUGUCCGACGAGAUGUUCAACUUCGUCACCGGGAACACGGAUUCGCAGUGGGCUUUCGCGCUGUUCCUCUCCAAGCUGCCUGAUCCGCAUGCGAAAACGUUCCCUCCACAUGUAUUGCGCAAGGCCAUGAUGGAAACCAUCGCUCACAUCAACUUGUUGACCGAAGCAGAGAACAUUACGGAGCCAAGUUUGAUGAACUUCUGCGUGACUGACGGAGAGAGCGUUGUUGCAACACGCUACAUUUCCUCGCGCCAUGAGGAAGCAGCAUCUCUGUGGUUCUCGUCUGGCACAACAUUCAGCGAAUACGCGGAAGGUGGGCACUACAAGAUGUCGAAGGCGGACAAGCGAGAGAACAUCAUCAUGGUCGCCAGCGAGCCGCUGACCUUCGAGAAAGCGGACUGGAUGGAGAUCAAGACUAACCAUAUGGUUGUCAUUACCCCCAAGAUGAACCUCCUGCAGUUCCCUAUCGUCGACAAGUACUACGUUCCGCCUUCCGACCCUGCUGCACUCAAUCGUGGCACCGAGUUUGCCGCAUCGAAGGGCUUAUUCAGUGCCCGCCGGGAUGUGCCUCUCCGACCCGCCAGUGUUGAGCUGCAGGUGCCGGAGAGCUUCCCCGCCGUCCCGGUGCUCGUAGCGUAGUCGUGCCUUUAUCCUACCUGUUGUUGCUAUCUUGUACUUGCUCUCUGAGUUGGACCGUGUACCUAUAUUUUACCAGUUGUUGCCUUUGAUAUUGGAAUGUACCCCCUUCAAGUUUAGGAGGAUCGAGUCUCGUGCGAAUACACGUGUUUGUGAUGUUGA